AUGGCUUCACCCCGCCCUCCUCACAAUUUUGGAAUUACGAACGCACUCCCAAACGGUGCGACUCCAAGUGGCCCCGUCCCAGGCGCAACUCCACUGCUCCCCAACAAUGGAAGGCUCAUUCAAAAUGGUCCAGUGAGGGUUUUGUGUGUUGCAGAUGUUAGAGGAAAUCUAAAGUCCUUGAACGAGCUUGCCAAGCAAGCACGUGCGGACCAUAUCAUUCAUACCGGCGAUUUUGGCUUUUAUGAUGAGACAUCUCUUGAGAGAAUAGCUGAUAAGACUUUGAAACAUGUCGCUCAGUAUUCGCCGCUCUUGCCAGACCACGUGAAACGUACAAUUGCCCAGAUUGGUCCACAGCAAUCAAUCAAGUCGCGAUUCAGUCCGGAUCAACUGCCUCUUUCCGAGCUCCCACAGCUCCUCGAAAAGAGGCUGACUCUGGAUGUUCCCGUCUACACAGUGUGGGGUGCAUGCGAAGAUGUGCGAGUAUUAGAGAAAUUCCGCUCAGGCGAAUACAAGGUCGAUAAUCUUCACAUUAUCGACGAAGCCAACUCUAGACUUCUGGAUAUCGGUGGCGUCAAGCUUCGUCUUCUAGGUCUGGGUGGCGCCGUCGUCAUGCACAAGUUGUUUGACAAUGGGGAAGGAAAGACGACAAUUGCCGGAGGACAGGGUACUAUGUGGACUACACUUUUACAAAUGGGAGAGCUGGUCGACACCGCAAACCGUGUCUAUGAUCCUUCAGAGACCCGAAUUUUCGUGACACAUGCCUCUCCUGCUCGUGAGGGUAUGUUGAACCAACUUUCUGUUACACUCAAGGCCGACUUCUCGAUCUCUGCCGGCUUGCAUUUCCGAUAUGGCUCAUCUUACAAUGAGUUUUCCGUUAAUCCUACCCUCGACCAUUAUCGUGGAAAGCUAGCGGCAUCCAAGGCAUCUUUUAACGAUGUCUGGGACACUGUCCGUGGCGAGGUUGAAUCGGCUAUCUCGUCCAAUGAAGCUCAGAAGACUCUACUGGAUAAUGCCAUCGACAUUGUUCAAAAAAUGCCCUCCGUAGCCAACGGUGGCAACCCUUUCGGUGGACCAGUUGCUGCUGCUAACGGUGGAGGUCAAGUCGACGAAAGUGCCUUCAAAAACAUGUGGAAUUUCAACUUGGCCGAUGCCGCUUUCGGUUAUUUGGUUCUAGAUAUUGAAGGCGGGAGAAUUGGUACUGAGAUGCGUGCCCAGGGAUUCAACUUUGCUCAUCGUACUCAAAAGACAGGAACUACUGCCACUAACGCUGCUUCUCAAUUGGCUGGUGGGCCAGGUGCACCUACGGUUCCUCAGUUUGGACAGACUGCUCAAAGCGGUCGCGGAGCCCCCUUCCAAACCACCUCUGUGUCCCAAGUGAAGCCCCAGCCACCUCCAGCUACCACAGCGUCGCCAGCACCGAUUGCGCCCAAGUCAUCUACCCCACAGCCAGUUACUACCGAAAAAGAGACCAACGGCAAUAAGGAGACUGAGAAACCAGAGUCUCCAGCGUUUAGAGGAGAAAAGAAGCAAAGCAACGGGCUUUUCAUCUCUAAUGUUGAGAAUGAACAGGCAGCCCGCGACUUGUUCCCCGAGGAAGAUCUGGCUAAGAUCAUCAAGGUUGAGAAAUGGGGCAAGUUUGGUCAUGUCGUAACAUUUGGAUCGGUUGAAGAGGCCAAAGCCGCUCUUGAUCGCCAACCGAUAGAGCACAAGAAACCUACCCCCCAGGGUCAGCCACGCAAGCCAAACGUCAAAUUCUUCGAAGACCGUGGUUCUCGCCGUGAGGGAAAUGCGGGAACUUGGCAAAGCAGCUCUCGGGGUGGUGCCAGUGCCGCGACUCGAGGCGGAUACCAGAGCGGGGCCAGUGACAGCGAAACUGGACGAGGACGUGGAGGCUUUGGCCGAGGACGCGGUCGCGGAUCUGAUCGUGGUGGCCGUGGACGCGGUCGGGGCGGGUUCAACAAGACCAGCGACUCUCCUGUCCCAUCUAGCGAAAAGCCGGCUACUACUACGGGCGGCGAAUCUUGA